AUGUCUCAUGAUCCGUUUUGGUCACAGUCCCUCUUGACCCAACUUGAAUCCAUCUCUCCAGACUACAGUUUUGCCACACUUAGCAGCGAGAACAAGAUUUAUCAAUGGAAAGAGUCAACGCUAGCGGCCGGUAUGAUGCUGGAAGAAAAAGAACUGAAACAUGGAGAUGAUGUUGUUGCAACCAUUACACCGACAUCGUCCGAAGAGGAGACUGUAUCACCAAGCAGUUCUUUCAACGACUCCGAGAUGAUCAGCAACGAGGAAAUGUGUAAAAGUCGCAAGAGUGCAAGUGUCAUAUCCAAAGCGGCUCGAAAGCAGAAGAAUAAGAAGGCAAGGAAUAAACGUACUGAUGAUGACGACGAUGCCCAAUCCGUCGCCUCCAACAUUAGUCAAAUCCGUGCCAAGCAAAAGCUCCUUCGAUUGCAUAGUGCAAGCAAGUUGGCCGAAUCAAGACGGCGUCUGUCUCUCCAACAGCAGUCAAGCUUUGGUCAGCAAUAUGUAUCGACAACACGUGAUGCAAGCUCAGUCACCAGUCGUACCACCAUCUCGGAGUGGUCCACAAUGCAUACUCAUACUCCUGGUCACCGGCGCUCGAGCAUUCCUCGUCAAGUUGUGGUCAAUGGUGAUACCUUGUUUGACGAUCUCCGCCAAUCGCCGGUAAACGAGUCCAAGGAUGCUUUGACUGUCACCACAGAAUCGGAACUAGUCCUGCAAGAACGUCGCUCGGAGGUACAAGAUGAACUUGUUGGUACAAGGCAAACGAUGAAAUACAUGCUUACUUUGUUGCUUGUUGGCGCUUUGGGAUUUUUCUGUCAAGCCGAUCUGUUGAAUAUCGUCCACUUGAGAUUCGGUACACUUGCACAAGGAUUCUUCUUUGAACACCAAAUGAACACAAAUGUGGCUGCGAUCACGAGCAUGAAGUCCAUUGAAGAGCCGGUAUGCGAUCAGCAACUUGAUGAAUCUUCUAAGAGUAUGGACCUUCCAAAUGAAGCCAUUUCCAUGGACGACAAACUCAUUAGCAAAAGUAAGGCCAACAAGAAAGCCAUCCUUGAACGAGCACAGAGAUAUCUACAAUCAAAGAAGCAUGAGUCUAUCUUGGACACAAGCAAUCCUGACUACAUUGGAUUGUUGCUUUCGCAAUAG